UCUCUCGUGGUCGCUGCACUUCACGAACUUCGCUUCUUGUUCGCAAUAGGGUUGCAGCAGAUAAACGCCACCACUCUCUCUAUCUCUCUCUCUCUCUUCUCUCUCUCUGUGUUACUCUCUCUCUGACUAACAAUGGGCACGUCUCUGCCUCAGAAGGAGGCCAACCUCUUCAAGCUCAUCGUUAAAUCAUAUGAAACUAAGCAGUAUAAGAAGGGAUUGAAGGCAGCAGAUUCCAUUUUGAAGAAGUUUCCAGAACAUGGAGAAACCUUAUCAAUGAAGGGCUUAACCUUAAACUGCAUGGAUCGUAAAAGCGAAGCAUAUGAACUUGUACGACAAGGUUUAAAGAAUGACCUGAAAAGCCAUGUCUGUUGGCACGUGUAUGGUCUCCUAUACCGUUCAGACAGAGAGUACAGGGAAGCAAUCAAAUGCUAUCGAAAUGCAUUGAGAAUAGAUCCAGACAAUAUUGAGAUAUUGCGUGACCUCUCACUCUUACAGGCACAAAUGCGUGAUUUGACAGGCUUUGUUGAAACCAGGCAGCAGCUACUGACUCUGAAACCCAAUCAUCGAAUGAAUUGGAUAGGCUUUGCAGUUUCUCAACAUUUAAACUCAAACCCCUCAAAGGCAAUUGAUAUUUUGGAAGCAUAUGAAGGGACACUGGAAGAUGAUUAUCCUCCUGAAAAUGAGCGUUGUGAACAUGGGGAAAUGCUACUAUACAAGAUUUCUUUGAUGGAAGAAUGUGGAUUUCUAGAGAGAGCACUUGAGGAAUUGUACAAGAAAGAGCCAAAAAUUCUUGACAGACUUGAUUAUAAAGAGCAAGAAGUUUCUCUCUUGGUGAAGCUUGGUCGCCUUGAAGAAGGUGCUAAAUUGUACACGCUGUUGCUUUCGAUGAAUCCAGAUAAUUACAGCUGUUAUGAGGGUCUACAGAAAUGUGCUGGGUUAUAUCGAGCAGAUGGUCAGUACUCUUCUGAUGAAAUUGUUCAGUUGAUCUCCCUGUAUGGAUCCCUUGCAGAGCAAUUUGCUUGGUCCUCUGCUGUUAAGAGGAUACCUCUUGAUUUUCUACAAGGUGACAAGUUGCGGGAAGCUGCGAUUAACUACAUAAGGCCUCUCUUAACUAAGGGUGUUCCUUCAUUAUUUUCUGAUCUCUCCCCAUUGUAUGAUCACCCUGGAAAGGCAGACAUUUUGGAGCAAUUAUUUCUUGAGUUGGAGCAUUCAAUUGGGACCACCAAGGGAUAUCCAGGAAGGGAAGAGAAAGAGCCACCUUCAACUCUUAUGUGGACUUUGUUUCUUCUGGCACAGCAUUAUGAUAGAAGGGGCCAGUUUGAUGUUGCUCUGUCAAAAAUUGAUGAGGCUAUUAAACAUACUCCAACUGUAAUUGAUUUGUACUUGGUCAAGAGUAGAAUAUUGAAGCAUGCUGGCGAUUUGGCAGCUGCAGCUGCUUUGGCAGAUGAAGCUAGGUGCAUGGAUCUUGCUGAUCGCUACAUCAACAGUGAAUGUGUCAAGCGUAUGCUGCAAGCUGACCAGGUGAGUUUGGCGGAAAAAACUGCUGUCUUGUUCACAAAAGAUGGUGAUCAGCACAAUAACCUUCAUGAUAUGCAGUGCAUGUGGUAUGAACUUGCUUCUGGUGAAAGUUACUUCCGUCAAGGUGAUCUUGGACGAGCAUUGAAGAAAUUUUUAGCUGUGGAGAAGCACUAUGCAGAUAUCACAGAAGACCAAUUUGAUUUCCAUUCAUAUUGCUUAAGAAAAAUGACUCUUCGUGCAUAUGUGGAAAUGUUGAAAUUUCAAGACCGUUUGCAUUCGUAUCCAUAUUUCCAUAAAGCAGCUGCUGGAGCUAUCAGAUGCUAUCUUAAGCUGUUCGAUUCUCCUUCCAAGUCAGCCACUGAAGAAGAUGACGAAAUGUCGAAAUUGCUUCCAUCUCAGAAAAAGAAGCUGAGACAAAAACAGAGAAAGGCAGAAGCACGGGCUAAGAAAGAAGCAGAAGUCAAAAUUGAAGAGUCAAGCAGUACUAGUGUCUCAAAGUCUGGGAAAAAGCCUGUCAAGCCUGUUGAUCCUGAUCCUCAUGGGGAGAAGUUAUUGCAGGUUGAGGAUCCACUAUCAGAGGCAACAAAGUACUUGAAGCUGCUUCAAAGGAACUCACCCAAUUCUUUGGAAACACACAUUCUUUCGUUUGAAGUAAAUAUGAGAAAGCGGAAAACUUUGCUUGCUUUUCAGGCAGUGAAGCAGCUGCUCAGGUUGGAUGCUGAAAGCCCUGACACACAUAGGUGCCUGUUACGGUUUUUCCAUGAAGUUAGUUCCAUGGCUGUCCCAGCUACUGACUCUGAGAAACUUAUUUGGACUGUAUUAGAAGCCGAGCGACCAGAAAUCAGUCCGUUGCAUGAGAAGUCUCUGUUAGAGGCAAAUGAGUCAUUCCUUGAUAAGCAUAAAGAUUCGUUGAUGCACAGAGCAGCUGCUGCUGAAAUGCUCUAUCUUUUGGAACCAAGCAAUAAGGGCAAGGCUGUGACAUUAAUUGAGGAUUCAAGCAGCAACUUGGUUCAAAGAAAUGGAGUGCUUGGAACAGUUGGGAAAUGGAAACUCAAGGACAGUAUUGCGGUUCACAAGCUACUCUCCUCAGUGUUAGUUGAUCUGGACGCUGCGUCAAGAUGGAAAGUUCGUUGUGCCGAAUACUUCCCGUACUCCACAUAUUUUGAAGGAAGUCGCAGUUCUGCAGUUCCUAAUUCCUCAUACAACAAGAUUUCUAGUAAUCCUGAAAAUGGAGUCAACCAUCCUGUGGCCGGCAUAGGCAUGGAUUCUCUUGCACCAAAUGGAAAACUGGAAGCAUUUAAGGACCUCUCUAUCUAACAAGUGGAGUUGAAAGCUCACUUUGGGCAAUGUAAUUCUACAUUCAUCAGUAUGCGUGAGAGUUAGGUCACAGCGACCAAGCCGCGGCUUUGGAGAUAGUGCGUUCAGCCAUUGGGCAAGUAUCAUUCAUAUGGCCUUUUCCAGUUCAUGGCCAUUCUGUCGCUUUAUUGGGUUGGCAUUUACUUAUGUUCUUCUUUGCCCUCUCUCCCUUUCCCUCUCAUCUAGGAAUUUCUUUUUCUAAUUGUGUAUAAUCUUCCUCCACUUCCGUUUCCGGUCAGAUUUCAUAGCCUUGCGUGUCUGUGGGCAUGAAUGAGAAAAGGUGGUGGGCUCCAUGGGAAUGCAUUAAACUAAGGUUUCCCUUUUUAUUGUUAGUCUUACAAUCUAUAGGAGAUCCUUGAGGAGGAGCGACAGGAGAAAUUUUUGAGAACUGAUGCUUCGUCAGCAUCAAGAACAAGUGGCCUCUGCAAAACUACUUCUGGAUAUAUGUUGUACUUCCUUGUUUAUGUCAACCAUUGUUUUCCCUUUGUAUAAACAUUGCAUUCUGUGAAAAAUUUUGGAAUGAGAGAUGUUACAAAUGAUAGAUUUUGCAUCAAUAACACAUGCUCUUCUGGGUUGGUUCU